CCGCCCACACCAUCCCCUCCGCCCCUGCAACGCACCUCCAGAUCCGGCGGCCGGUGGGCGGUGGCGCCCCCAACCAACGGCGCUGAUAACCUCCGCCAUCUCCGUCCAUCCACCCCGAAACAGCUGCAGGCCUGCGCGAUGUCGGAGUCGGUCGACACGCCCGAGAGCGGCGGCGGGGCCAAGGAGCAGGAGCGGUUCUUGCCGAUCGCCAACAUCGGCCGCAUCAUGCGGCGCGGCGUGCCGGAGAACGGCAAGAUCGCAAAGGACGCCAAGGAGUCCAUCCAGGAGUGCGUCUCCGAGUUCAUCAGCUUCAUCACCAGCGAAGCCAGCGACAAGUGCAUGAAGGAGAAGCGCAAGACUAUCAACGGGGACGACCUGAUCUGGUCCAUGGGCACGCUCGGCUUCGAGGACUACGUCGAGCCCCUCAAGCUCUACCUAAAGCUCUACCGGGAGAUGGAGGGUGACACAUCGAAGGGUUCGCAGUCAGGAAAGAAAGAGGUUGUACUUAAUGGGCAACCUGGAUCAUCGUUCAACGGCAUGUAAGAUGGAGGAGGAUGAUAUAGUCAGGCAUAUCACUCUUUGGAAGCGUGAUGGCGGAACCAUUGUGGUCAGCGAAUGAACCCAAGAACCCUGUUAGUUCUGUACUAUCAGGAUGCUUCCAGUGCUAUCUAUAGA